GAGCGGCCGGGAUGUCGCGAUUGGCCGGGGGUGGGGCGGCUGGAGGGGGACGGGGCCGCGGGAGACAGGUGGGGCCCUGGGGGUCGAGGACUUGGAGAGGUGGGAAGAGCUUGAGACAAAAGUAAUUGCCGCUUACGGGGCGGUUGCUGCGUGCCAGGCCGCGCUCCUCUUCCGCCUUACUUAAGGUGUGAGCGCGGCGCGGCGGAUGCUGUGCUGCACACCUUACAGCUCGGGAAACUGAGGCGCGGGGGAGGCUGAGUAACUUGCCCGCGAUCGCAGAGCUGUGAAUAACACAGAUGGGCUUCCGGGAAGGACGACUGUACUCUGAAGUCCGCAGGCUUAACUACAGUACAGAGCCUUCCGGCAUAUUCCAGAACUGCUGAGCGUCCAGAUGAGAAACUGAGGCCCAGAGGUGCAGUUCAGUAGAUGGUUGUCAAAUGUCCAACACGUCUCCUAGCGCGGCGUCCGUCCUUGCGUCUGUCUCUUGAAUGCCUGUUGACUUGGGUCACCUCCCAGAGCAGAGGUCUCCCAGCCCUAGACUGACUUUCUCUUCCACCCCCCCCAACCCCAGAUCGAUUCUGUUGUCUCUUCUCCCCUCUCUGGACUUUUCGGUGGCUUCUCUCUUGCUCUAGCCUUGGUUGAACUGUACUGACCCUGAAAUGCCUCUUGAAGGCAGAAGGCUUAUGAGGAGUCUGAGUCCCCAGAAGAGACUUGGUGGGAUCAGAGCCUUGUAGCCUGCCAGGCCAGCAUCCAGGAAUGCUUGAUGAGUCAGGAGAACGCCUGGGGUGCCCUGGCUUCAGAAUGCUGAUGGUCCCACCAUCUUAUCUGCUCAGGGUCUGCGGGACCGGCCUGUUCUGCAUCCUGAUGUCUUAUGACCAUGUGGAACUUACAUUCAAUGACAUGAAGAACGUGCCCGAGGCCUUCAAAGGGACCAAGAAAGGCACCGUCUACCUUACCCCUUACCGGAUCAUCUUUCUGUCCAAAGGCAGAGAUGCCAUGCAGUCCUUCAUGAUGCCGUUUUAUCUGAUGAAGGACUGUGAGAUCAAGCAACCCGUGUUUGGUGCAAAUUACAUCAAGGGAACAGUGAAGGCUGAAGCAGGAGGUGGCUGGGAAGGCGCUGCGUCCUACAAGUUGACCUUUACAGCAGGGGGCGCCAUCGAGUUCGGACAACGGAUGCUACAGGUGGCAUCUCAAGCCUCCCGAGGCGAAGCCCCCAAUGGAGCCUAUGGGUAUUCCCACAUGCCCGGUGGGGCCUAUGUCUUUCCCCCGCCAUUCGCCAAUGGAAUGUACCCCUGCCCUCCUGGCUACCCCUACCCACCGCCCCCACCUGAGUUCUAUCCGGGACCGCCCAUGAUGGACGGGGCCAUGGGCUAUGUGCAGCCUCCCCCACCGCCCUACCCUGGGCCCAUGGAACCUCCGGUCAGCGGCCCUGAUGUCCCCUCCACUCCGGCAGCUGAAGCCAAGGCUGCGGAAGCGGCGGCCAGCGCCUACUACAACCCGGGCAACCCGCACAACGUCUACAUGCCCACGAACCAGCCUCCGCCACCUCCCUACUACCCCCCAGAAGAUAAGAAGACCCAGUAGACCCCUCCCGCCCCUGCCUCCUACCCCUCAUCACUCUCCCCUCCCCUUCCCUUCCCCUCGGGGCUGAGACUGGGGCUGGGGGGUGAGGGAAGGGCCUUGUUCUUCUCCAGGUCUGAUUAUAAAUCACUUCCCAGGAACUCGUGUUGAGGGAAGGGGGGGCCCUUGACUCGGGAGCCGUGCCUCCCCGCUUCUAGCUCGGAGCCGGCGGCACUGCUCGGAGCGCUUCCCUCUCGCCGUCUCCGGAGCUCUGCUCGGAGCACGGGCCUCGUCUCGUUCCUGUCUUGCUCUAGUAGCUUCUGCCCACGGAGGGACUCUCUGGCCACCUCCUCUUCCGCAGUCCAGCUCCCUCGUUUCGGAAUCCACUUUCUACUCCGCCUUGUGAACUCCCUCAGACCAGCCUCACGUCUUCCUGGGGGCCCCCGCCGGGCCCCCCCACAUUCCCUCCGCUCCGGCCUGUGCCUCACCGUGGAAGGCCACCUUCCCGCCGGACUGUCAGCCCACAUUCCGAUCCCAGCCAGCCUCCAGCCCGGUCACGCUCACCUUCCCCUCCCUGUCCUGUCCUUGGUCACCUGUUGCCACCACUUUGACUUGGGGAGCUUCCACGCGAGUGUCCAAGGGGUGGGCGGCGUCAGGCCAGGCCGCUGCUUCCCUCUGGAUACGUUUGGCUUUUGUUGUCCUCUGCCUUCUCUCUUUUCCCUCUAGAAGGGGCUUCUCAGACUGGAACUGGAGAAUGCAUGUUCAUUCCAUCAUACCCCUUGGGGGCUGCUGGGUGGGCUGGAACAGAGGUCCCUGCCCCGGGGGCCUGGCCUGAGCCUGUGUGCUGACUGUGACCUCUCACCAGCUCUGUCCCCUUGCCCUCUUCCCUUUAAGCUUCAUGCCUAACCGGUGAUAUGCCCCCUGGAUGCACUAAUAUUUGCUCUUCAUUUGCUUCUGGACUGGCCGUGAAGUGAGGAGAUGGUUAUUUAAUGAGAAUUCCCUAUUUAUUUGACGAAAAACAAAAACAAAAAACCCCGGUUAAUAUAUUAAUGUUAAAUAAACCCUCUUUGCACCUUGAUUUGUUCGCUGAAAAUGUGAAGUAGUAAAAAUGCAGUGACUGGA